CUUUUUGGAGGUUGUGCGCACAAUGGUCGUCGCAUUCGCCCGCGCGCUCGCCGUCGGCUGGCUGCUGGCCGCUGCCGCCGCCGCCGCCAACGCCGACGCUGCCACCGCCGAUGUGCACGAACACUUCGCGACGGUCGAGACCGACGUCCUCCUGUCGCCGCGGCAGUUCCCCGUGUUCCCGGCCCAGCCGCUGCGGAAGCGCCAGGGGGGUGUCUGCAAUCCCGGCUACCAUCCAUGUAACGACAUUGGACCGCCAGGAGACGGCCUUUGUUGCCGGAAUGACCAGUACUGCAUCGUCAACCCGGCCACCACGACCAUCGGCGCCUGCUGCCACCUCGGCUCGACGUGCGGCUCGCCGUGCAACGCCACCGAGUACGCGUGCAAGUCCACCCAGACGCUCACCACGUCCGGCACCACCACCACCACCGUCAUCCCCGCCUGCUGCGGCCGCCGCUGCACCGUCUCCACCAUGUUCGCGUGCGCCUCAUCCUUCGGCACGGGCUGCUGCCCCUUCGGCGCCGUCUGCGGCUCCUCGAACCACUGCCUCACCACCCUCGCCCCAUCACAGAGCACCUCCCUCCCGAUCGCCCCGCCGGGGUGCACAACAAGCCAGAUCUCCUGCCCCGCCUCGCUGGGCGGCGGCUGCUGCGCCGCGACGCAGAGCUGCACCUUCGUCGCCGGCGCCGGCGCGCGCUGCGCCGAGACGCCCCCCGCCGCGCCGACGGGCACCGGCGGGGUGACCGUGGUGGAGGCGGAUGGUGACGGCAGCGGGCUGGGCGCGGGCGCGAAGGCGGGGAUCGCGGUCGGCGUCGUCGUUGGCGCUGGGCUGGUGCUUGGGGCUGCGACGUGGGUGUGCGUGCGGAGGAGGAGGGGGAGUAGGAGUGGCGAUGUGGGGGAGUCGGCCGGCAGCGGGUCGAGGCGGACUGCUGGGCUCGUGGGGCGGGUAGCAGGAGGAGGAGGAGGAGGAGCAGGCACGGGCCGGGAGAUGUCGGAGGAGAACUCGGACAUGGCGUCGCGGAGCGGGCGGCUGGCCGGGCUGGCGCAGGACUACUUCGGGCCGACGCCGGCGGUGGGGCCGUACUCGGACACGCACGGCACGUCGGCCGUCACGACGCCCGGGAUGGACCGCGGCGGCGUGCCGCUGCAGCCGCACGAGCCGGGGGAUAUCGCGGCGCCCGUCGAGAUCGACUCGCGGCUGAGGGAGGCGCAGCGGGCGCCGGCUGCUGCGGGGGGCUAUUACCCGCAUGCGGGCGAGGACGGGUUGGAACGGUACGAGCUGCACGGAUCUGACUUGGGGCAGAUAUCACCCUCCUCGCUGCCGUCGCCGUUCGCCGGCGGCAUGCCGAGUCCGCCGGAUGAACGGCCGCGGCGGGGCUGAACGGACGAUGUGGUAUGCGGUUGUGGUUUUCAAACUUGUAUAUAGUUGACGGUAUAUUUUCUGUUAACUUGUGAUGAGGUCGUGUUCGCCCGUCCA